GUUGAGCGAAAACAAUCAAAACACUUGACCAAAAGUUGUAGUGUCUUCAUCAGUGAUAAAACAGUUCGCAUACACAAACAAACCCACCAUUUAUAUAAACACCUUCCUUCAAGCGAUAAUUAAAGUGAUAAUUUUAUGAGGAAAAACAAUAAAGUGAUGAUCCACUUACAAAUUUUUGGAUAGGUGAUAAAUUUUUUUCAUUGUAAAGUGUUUUUUUUCGAUUCAUCAAUUUUUUUAAAACUAUUUGAUAUUAAUUACAAAGAAAGCAGUACAUUAUUAACUCCAAAAUUAAGCCAUGGCAGCUUGUACAAAUGAAAACAGUGCAAAUAGUGAAAUAGCAUCUUGGUACAAUGGGCGAUCUGUUCUAAUUACUGGUGGAACUGGAUUUAUGGGGAAAGUUUUGGUUGAAAAAUUACUACGAUCAUGUCCUGGAUUAAAAACAAUUUAUUUAUUAAUAAGACCUAAGAAAGGGCAAGAUCCAAAACAAAGGAUUAGCCAAUUAGUUGAACUACCGCUUUUCGACAAUUUGCGUAAAACAAAAUCAGAUUAUCUAAAUAAAUUAGUUCCAAUAUCGGGUGAUAUAACACAACCUGAUUUAGGCAUAAACUCAACAGAUCGUCAGUUGUUAGUGGAAAAUAUUUCAGUAGUGUUUCAUAGUGCAGCUACUGUCAAAUUUGAUGAAGCUUUAAGGCUUUCUGUAGAAAUGAAUAUAAUUGGAACAAAACGAUUACUUCAAUUAUGUAAACAAAUGCAACAUCUUAAGGCAUUCAUACAUGUUUCGACUGCUUACUGUAAUUGUGAUGAAACUGAAAUUGCUGAAAAAAUAUAUCCAUCAAAGAAUGAUCCAGAGAAAAUCAUUCAAUCAAUUGAACAUUUAGAAGAUGAUCUUUUAGAAGGUUUAACGCCAAAGAUUAUUGGCCAAAAACCGAAUACUUAUACAUUUACAAAAGCAUUAGCCGAGCAAAUAUUAGUUGAAAAUUGUGGAAGCUUACCUGUAGCUAUUGUACGACCAAGUAUUGUUACAGCAGCAUUACAUGAACCAGUACCAGGAUGGGUGGAUAACUUAAAUGGGCCAACUGGUCUUUUCAUUGGCGGCGGAAAAGGAAUAUUGAGAACUCUACUAUGUUAUCGAAAUUUGAAAGCUGAUAUGGUGCCAGUUGAUAUUGCCAUUAACUUAUUAAUAGCAGUAGCAUGGGAUACAGCUAAUAACAGAAACAAUAAGCUGAUGAUUUAUAAUUGUACUUCGGGCAAUUCAAAUCCAGUGAAAUGGGGAGAUAUUGAAAAUUGGGGUAGAAAAUAUGUAUUAAAACAUCCUCUGAAUAAUGUUAUCUGGUAUCCUGGUGGCAGUUUCAAAAGUUCAAGACUUGUUAACAAUAUAUGCAUUAAAUUAUAUCAUACUUUACCUGCAUAUAUUAUGGAUUUUAUUGCGAUUAUUUCUGGUAGAAAACCAAUAAUGGUUAAAAUUCACGACAAAAUGCAAAAAGCUGUUAAAUGCCUGGAAUAUUUUACGACUCACGAAUGGGUAUUUCAUAAUGAGAAUAUUGUAAAUUUAUACUCAAAAUUAAAUAAUGAAGACAAAAAUUUAUUUAAUUUUAAUAUAAAGACAGUCAAAUGGGAAAAUUAUAUAGAACAAUACAUAUUAGGAACGAAACAGUAUAUUUUAAAAGAAGAUUUAAGUACAAUACCCGAUGCUAAACAGCAUUUGUUAAGAAUGUAUUAUGUUCAUCGAGUAAGUCAAGUUUUAAUUAUGUACAUGUUUUGGAGAUUGUUGGUUUCAAGGUCGAGCACAGCGCAAGAUAUUUCAAAUUCUAGUUUUGAUUUAGCAUAUAGACUAUGUGUGAAUUUAAAAAAUAGUAUUCUAACUCGAAUACAAUCUUAUUUUUAAUUUAUAAUAUUUUUAAAUCAAUGUGUUCAUUAUAAAACUGUUUUAUUAGUUUUUGGCACAAUUUAGUAAAGACAGAGCAAUUAUUGACGUUGUGACAUUUUCAUCAAGAAGUUAGGAAGCCAAAUGUAAAAAGAACCCGACUGAACGGAACAAAGGUUAAAAACACCGAGAUGUGAUUAAGUGUGUGUAUGUAUGUUUAAAGAUAAAAAAAAGAAUAUUCAUUAUUAAUGUCGCCUUAUCUCUAGUCACGUCAGUCGCUCCGGUGUACUCUUAGCUAAAAUAACUAUUUAUGAUUGGUUUAAUUGAUCUGUCAAUCUCGUUUGAAUUGAUCUCGCCCAAUCGUAAGUCGUUAUUUCGUUCCAUUCUGUUUCUGUUUAUCGCAAUAAAGAAGUUGCAUGGCAUUGUCUAUUUGGCUUUUCUAUCUGUCUUUUCUAGAUCGUGGUUUUAACUCUCUUUUAAAUUAAUUACGAAUUACGUUUUUACUGUAAAAAAUACGUUGUUUAUUGAAAAAAAUAACGAAAUGUUUUAUGUUGAUAGCAAUUGCUCCAUUAUUUAUUUGCAAUUGCUGAAGUAAUUCUCUUCUGGAAAGGGUUUACAUCGAAGCUAAAAGCUAGCCUUACCUACCUAUAUUUAGUUAGAGGAACACUUUACAAACUUUCCAAACUUACUGAGAAGUUGCUGUUUUUUUCGCUUAAUUAUUAAUUAAAUAACUUCCUUAAGAUUUAUUUAAAAUAAUUGAGCACCAUUGUUAAAAAAAACUUCGUGAGUAAUUUACAAACUGUUCUUAUUGUACAGUAAAAGAGGUACAAAAAUCAGCUAAUAGAAGAAAUUGAAAUAAACCCCUCAUUUUUUUGUAAACUCUAGUGGAAUGUGAAUAAUAGGUGUCAAAUAUCAUUCGUAAUCCACAAGUUAG